CCUCCGGGUGCCCAGAGGUCCUGGGGAAGCUGCGGGUUUUCCUCCCUGCCUGAAACUCUUGUGCGCCUGUCUGGGGGCUGCAGGAAGCAGGGCACGAUGGUGCGGCGGGUGGCGAUCAUCGGCGCGGGCGGCAGCGGGCUGACCGCCAUCAAGUGCUGCCGGGAAGAGGGGCUGGAGCCCACCUGCUUCGAGAGGAGCCAGGACAUCGGCGGGCUCUGGCGCUACGAGGAGCAUAUCGAGGAGGGCCGAGCCAGCAUCUACCGCACCGUCUUCACCAACUCCUGCAAAGAGAUGAUGUGCUACUCUGACUUCCCCUUCCCUGCCGAUCACCCCAAUUACAUGCACAACUCGAAGUUCCAGGAGUACCUCCGAAGAUACGCCGAGCACUUUGAUCUGCUGCGGCACGUCCGCUUCAAGACUCUGGUCACCAAGAUUAAAAAACGCCCCAACUUCUCUGUUACGGGGCAAUGGGAUGUCGUUACGGAAAAGGAAGGGAAGGAAGAGACUGAGGUCUUUGAUGCUGUCAUGAUCUGUUCUGGGCAUCACGUCUACCCAAAUCUCCCUGUCGCUCACUUCCCAGGAAUACAGAAGUUUAAAGGCUGCUACUUCCACAGCCGAGAGUACAAGGAGCCAGAAAAAUUCAGAGGGAAGAAAGUGCUGGUGAUAGGUUUGGGCAACUCAGGCUGUGACAUUGCUGUGGAGCUCAGCACUGUGGCAUCACAGGUCUACCUGAGCUCCAGAAGUGGUUCAUGGGUGAUGAGUCGCGUCUGGGAGCACGGUUACCCGUGGGACAUGGUGAUCGUCACUCGCUUUCGGUCCUGGCUGAAUAGAAUCCUUCCCACGGCACUCAGUGACUGGCUAUAUAUGAGGAGCAUGAACUGGCCGUUCAAGCAUGAGAACUUCGGCCUCAUGCCCGUGGAUGGGACUCUCCGUAAAGAGCCAGUGUUUAACGAUGACCUCCCGAGCCGUAUUUCGUGUGGCAUGGUUGUGGUGAAGCCUAAUGUGAAGGAAUUCAGAGAAACGUCUGUCUUGUUCCAAGAUGGGACUGUGCAGGAGGAUGUUGAUGUGGUCAUCUUUGCUACUGGCUACGGCUAUUCCUAUCCUUUCAUGGAGGAUGACUCCAUUAUCAAAAACAAGAGCAAUGAGGUCACGCUCUACAAAAACAUCCUUCCUCCCCAGCUGGAGAAGCCAACCAUGGCUGUCAUUGGGCUGGUCCAGUCACUUGGAGCCAUCAUCUCAACAUCAGAGCUCCAGUGUCGAUGGGCAAUUAAGGUGUUUCAGGGGCUGUGCAAGCUUCCCCCGAAAAACAAGAUGAUGGACGACAUUGAUGAGAAGAUGGGGAGGAAACUCAAGUGGUAUGGGAGCAGCAGCACAUUGCAGACAGAUUAUGUCGCCUACACGGAUGAGCUGGCCACUGCCAUUGGUGUGAAGCCCAACAUGCUCAAGCUGCUGCUGACAGACCCACGGCUGGCACUGGAGGUCUUCUUCGGCCCCUGCACCCCGUACCAGUUUCGGCUGAUGGGCCCAGGAAAAUGGAGUGGCGCCCGGAUGGCCAUCCUCACCCAGUGGGACCGAACGGUGGGAGCCACACGGACGCGGGUGGCCCCCACCACCUCUCUGGCCUUCCCCGUCCUGGCGAUGCUGAGGGUGCUCUUCCUCCCGCUGCUCCUCGUGGCCAUCCUUGCUGCCUUUUACUGCUAGGAGAGGCCUGGUGAGGAGCAGCGAGGUGGGAAAUGGUGUUACCCCUAAAUAGCCCAUGAGGAUGGCACUGAUAAAUAAGAUGCAAUCUCCACACUCUUUAAACUUGGGAGCCUUCUCAGCUAGGUCUACAGCAGAGUGUAAACACUGAGCCUAGCAAUGCUGCUUGUUUUAUUCCUCAAAAUGUGGUCAAAAAGUGGUUCACAGGUACAUGGUUUUCAAAUCUCCCCACCUACCAUCUCAUUUCCCAGUGGAAAAAUGGAGCCACCAUGUUUGUUUGCUGUAAAGUUUGUCCUUUGGGUAAAACUAGCUUACUUUAAUUGGAAAAUCAAUUUCAUAGUAAACAAAUACCAAUAUCCAUGUUUUUUCCUACAGUGGGGAAAGACAUACAAAUGAAAACUUUCAGUUGAAAAUAAAAAUAUUGAGAGGAAAGAAUACUUUUGUUUGAAAGGUAGUUUUCUUUUGGAAAAUAAUCCCUGCCCCAGCUUAAAAAAGAAAUUGCCCACCAUUUCUGAGAAAAACAUCUGGACUUUGCUGGAGCAUGUGAAUUUUCGAAAGCUGAGAUGAACCGUGUCCAACAACCAAAAUAAUCUGCCAAGCUCAGGUUGCAUAACCAAAAGCGGUGGCUGAGGGGGCCUUGGGAGGACAUCAGCCCUCAGCCUGACACUGGCCACGGCUUGGUCCAAGCAAGUGCUAUGGUGGAGUCAAAUCCUCCAUGAGCACCUUGGUAUCAGACAAGUGGUUUGCUGAGACCCUGGAAAAAAGACGUUUCCCAGGAGCAUGGGCUGUCAUUGCCACCCCCUGCUUGUGCACGGGGCAGGCUGCAGUCGCAGGAUGCACUUGCAGCAUCUUGUCUUUUGCCUCCAUGAAGCAAUUAUUUUAGUCAGCUUUGCAAACUGCUUCACGGUUUUACAAGGCACCAUAUAAAUGCAGAAUUGCAUUAUACAGCAUUAUUAUCCUAAACUCUGGGUCUCAAAAAGAGACUAAGGGACAGCCUGAUGUUCCCUUUUCAGUGCCUCCUGCUUCUAGCUGAGCCCUCUGCUAAUAAACUUUCUGGUGCCAGGAGAUGAAGGUUUAUGGCUGCUCUUACUUCUCCCAACCCAGGUUAUGUGUACUCAUAGUAGGAAGCCGAUUUUUUUUUUUUUUGACCUUGGUCCAAGUCAAAAGAGCUCGAAUGACAUGCUGUCUAUCUCAAAAAUGCAAAUACAAAUAAAAACAU